UUUGGCGCCGAUUUGUCCAGUUUCGCGCCUGAGCUCAGUAAUUGGUCGCUCGGUGUUGGCAGAAUUGUAUCAGAGUCGUUAGCAUUAGUCGUUUUGGUCAUGUUAACACGAUCGUUGACAGACUGUCCUGUGUUUUUCAUCGUUUCUACUUUAAAUACGCUGAAUCAGAAUCACAAAGUAGUGUUAUAAGAUAAUCGAUACUCGUAUAAUAAGUUAUGUGGAACAUUUACCUCGCGGCGAAUACAACUAGUUAAUAUUUUGUGGUGUUCAAUUAUAACCUCUACUUCACUGGAGACGUCUACUUCACUCAAAAUUUUCAGAAUCUAAAUAUAAGAAUUAUGGAGAAAAAUAUGGCGAGUGGGAGUACCACGCAACCCACGGCACCUCCGCCAUCAGCACCACCUUCGUAUGAAGAGGCUGUUGCGAAUAUAGCGAGCCCACCACCCCAGUCAAAUAUUCCACCGUAUCCAGUAGGACCACCUGUUAUGCCUGUACCAACAUUUCCUCCGACCCAAACGACGGCGGUAUUCUCGCCGAAUUACCCAGGAGCAGUCCCAGCCAACGUGCCACACCUGCAACACCAGACACAUUAUACUGCUAAUUAUCAGCCUGUGACGGUCGUGCUGGGCCGGAAUCCCGUGAAAAUGACCUGCCCGAAGUGUCACCAAAGCAUUAAGACCACCAUUAUAUCGGACCAUCAGCCGAGCGCUCACAUUUGCUGCAUUGUACUCUGCUUACUUGGAUGUUGCCUUUGUUCGUGUCUGCCAUAUUGCAUGAGCAGUUUCAUGAACGUCCAUCACAUUUGCCCGAAUUGUAAGCAGUAUAUCGGUAGGUGGAAGGGUUGAAUCUAACUCGACGCGGGGAUUAUUUGUAUAUUGUUUACGGUUUUAUAUGUAAUCAGGCACAGUGUUGUAAUGUUACUAAGAGUAUCCGAUAUGUCUUUGUUUGUCGCGUAUUAUCGAGUUAACCUUCUAUUGCAUAGUAUAUCCCAUUGGGAGCGCGAUAAAAAAUAUUUGCGUAAAGCUCGUUAAGAAGACUUCACGAGCUCAGCCAUUUAUUACUUAGCUUAAGUAUGAAUUCCAUCGCGGAAGUAUAGAUAACCGAGAAAUUGUUUAUUUACAAGUCAGAGAAACUCGAAUAAAAUUUAUGCAAUAGAGAGUCAACGUUUCGACGGCCGUGUGUUUUCGGGCGACGCACGGCACCGCCCACUUCCGUCAGUUAAGAUCUAUAUUAUUCGUUGGUUCUUGAAAUAUCAUUGCUGGAUAAUGAAUCUUCCGGAACGUCUCGCCACGUGACCGCUAUCCGAAUCGGUUCGUCAUCGCCAAUUUUGUUCCCCACUCGGUAGCGUCACGCAUAUCUGAUAACGAAUUAGCACAUAAUUCUCGUUAUCUUUAGUGAGUUUUCUUAGAACAUGUUUUGGAAUUUUGUUUUUACAUGAUAUCGAGAACUGCUUUUGCACAAAAUUCAGCACAGAACUGUCGAGAGUCGGAACACAUUUCGAAGACUGAGAAAUUCUGCACAGUCUAGCCAGGAGGAUUAAUUUUACGACAACAAAGAUAAAGGAAUGUUGUACCGAAUUACAAUUCAGCGCGUGGCUCGAAAUAAAUACGAGGAUGGAUUGCAUUCCUGCACAGUGAUGGGCAAAAUUCUUAUCUGUAUAGUGAUUUCGAACAACGAAUAAAGUGUUCGCAAUUUUUUAUUCGUUAUUCGCUAGACGAAUACCAGUAUUUGAAUGAUAAAAUUGAAUUAUAUUUCACGUCGAAUGAUUCGAAUGAUUGAAUUAUUCGUCAUCUAUCAUUCGAAAAAAAAUUUUGCCCAUUUCUGUUUCUGGGAUUACACGUCGGCCAACAAUAGAGUUAAGGAACAACUCUACGAGAUUGUCAUAGAUUGUAUCAGAAACACUAUGACGCUUAUUCCUUGUGAAGUAAUACGAAUGCAACGUAUGAGCCGUUCUUUAUGAAACAGUUAUCAUCAUAAACAAUGAAAACAUGUAGCAGCCGAAAAACGAUCGAAAUAUCAACGUUAAAUUAAAGUAUCUACAUUAUUUAAAUUCCUUUAAAAAGGUAAGGUUCUACCUUUGUCUCGAGGAAAGUAAAAUAUAUUACAUAAAGACUAUGAAAGUAGAAAGAUGAUUGGGCUUGGAUUACUUUCAUAAUCAACAGCUCAUAUAACGAGUGAUGGUUAGGAUGAUUAUUAAUUCCAUAUUUGAGUCGAGUUAAGUGGGCGCGCGCGCGUCUGUAUGUGUGUCUGUAUGUGUGUGUGUGCGUGUCGUGUGCAGGUAAAAUUAGAUAAUAUUAUAAGGGUAUUUUCGAGCGUUGUGUUUGAGAACAGCGUUGUUCUUACGUGCAUUUAUUGUAUUCCAUAGCUUUAGGAAAAUUUUAUCUCGAAGGAAAGAGAUUUUACACGACGAGGUUUAUAUUCGUUAACUCUUUCUGGGAUGCUUGAUCGUUUAUUGCUUAAAAUGGGAAUGGAAGAACGAUUCCUGGUCGAUUUGGAUGAAAUUAAUGCGAGGACCACUUUGCUUGAUGGCUGGAUAACGAUGUUCGGGACGUAACGUAGACAUACGUUGUUCUUUUCGAAUUUAAUUCACCAUUCCAUGUUAAUGUCUUCCGUUGGAGUUACCGUAUUUUGCUAGCUACUACUAAUAGAACUUAGGAUAUUCAGGAUUGGGUUACGUCGAGGUAUUUCAGAUUUUCCAUAGCUUCGAACAACCAGAUGAUUAUUUAUUUGGGCUAUAGUAUCAUGCGGGAGUGCACGCAUGUAUAAUGGGGGACAACGAAAGAAUCGAUUUGGUAGCAUUCAUGAAUCUGUUUCUUGUUGAGAGUUCUACCUUUUAAAUGUAAACCUUGGGUAUUGAAUUCAUUGAUACUAAUAGGCGAUAGUACCGUAGUAUCCGCGCCUCCCAUACCCAACAACAAGGAGUCAAACGAAAACACGAAACGUAGGGUACGGGAUUGGUCGCGUAGUUAAAGCGGUUGACUGUGGAUCCGAGGAUCGUGGGUUCGAAUCCCCGUGCCUUAUUUUUCGUUUAGACUCCUACAGUACUAAUAUGCCUAUACUUUCGUUGACUCCAUUAUGAUUGUAUACGAAGAGUGACAAAUGUGUCACACAACAAGUGUUGUACACACAAUGUAUGUUUUGAGACUGACAAUUUAUCAUUGGCAGCUGAGAAGAAUGCCUGUGAGCGUUAUACUUUGUUCAAAUGAUUGUAUCCACCCUGCUAAAGAUAUAUCUCCGAUAGAAUCAUUUGAAACGAAUCACUGUUAUUAUAAGCAAAGAUGGUCAUAACACGUCCACUGUCCUUAUAAGUAGAAAGAGGCGAGACUUUGGACAAGCCAUAAGCCUCCGAGUCAAUGCUAUCCUAACCCGCGCGUAGGUCAGAGAACAGCGAACGAGUUGAAGAGCUCCUGGAGUCGUUUCUUCCAAUGUUUAUUGCUUCUUCCAAUGAAUUUCCGUUUUCGAAGAAAGAGAAAGGGAACGAUUACCCAAGGGAGAUAGAACGAAAGAGAAUGAAAGUUGCAUCCUGUUCGCAACAGUGUUCGCGUAUUAUUAUUUUUGUAAAACGAAGUAGCGAUUGGUCGUUCACUAGGAUUGAAUCGUUCGUGUCUACGCGACCGUAGGAAUUCUGUUUCGUUCCACGGGACCCUGUGUACGAGGACGCGCAUGUUUAUUGGUGCUUCCGCGAGUUUCGAUGAAAUGUGUCCCAGCAUAUCGUAACGCGUAAAUAGUUCCGAGACAGAUGAUAUUUUUGUGCGAAGAUUUGCUUGAUGAGCAACGUCCGAAUUAUGUUGGGAUGUUAGAGUUUACUCGAUUUACCUGUUUCUCUUUUUCAUUCGCCCUGGAACGAUAUUUUGUUCCUUCAUUAAAAGGCGAGAUUCGCAAGAAACGUUUUUCGUAGAUGGGAUCUAAAGAGAAAAGAAAUAUUUUUGUUUGUGUAGAUAUGUUCAAACGUUUAUUAAUUUUAUUGGAUUCGGCGAAACAUUUUCAAUUGACGUGCUUUGUUCAACGAUUUACACGGUGAAGACUAUGACACCAGAAUUUUUGUAUCUUAUAUGUAUAAUACAUAUAUAUUUUCAGUCGUGCUUUAUGCGAUAAAACUUUAAUACCAGAAUUUAUUUAAAUCAGUUUUUACCUUUUCUUUCCGUGUCCUCGUAGCGUGUAUAACGGUAGGCAGUAUACGCUCGUAUGUGCAUUAAAUGUAUGAUAUUUUUCUUGUACGUGUUUGACAUAAUGAAAUAUACGUUCGUUUUAAAGUGUGCGUGUGCAAGUCUGCGUAAACGAUGGCUGAAUUUUAUUGUAGUCAAUUGUAAUGUAUCGUGUCAGAAGUGAGACGAAAUUGCAACGUAGACUACCUUUACGCAGGGGCUCAAAGUAUUAUUCUUAUCGCGGCAUUGACAAACUAGCUUAGUCGAAUGAUCAUGGAUUAUCAAUAAAGUGCUUUUCAAUUGUC